AUGACUAGUGAGAAUAUUGAAAAAAAUCCAAGGAAAAGAAAAUAUGAAGAAAUUAAUGAUUUUGAAAUGAAAUAUAUAGUUAAAGAAGGAAUCCGUUAUCUUGAACCAUAUUGGUGUACUUAUAAAACUCGGGCUAAAGGAAGGUGGGUUAACAGGAAACUUUUGGAUGUUUUUACAAGUGAAUUUGUUUCAACCAACCCUUAUUAUACGAAAUUAGCUAUCAAAACUGGAAGAAUGUUUGUGAAUGGAAAUAGAAUAACAAAUUUAGAUUAUGUAAUAAAAAAUUCAGAUUAUAUUGUACAUGUAGCACAUCGUCAUGAACAUGAAAUAUUAGAUAAAAAAAUUGAAAUUAUAGAUGAUAAUGAAAAUUAUUUUGUUAUUAAUAAACCUCCAUCAUUACCGGUACAUGCUUGUGGUAAAUAUUGUGUUCAUUCAAUAAUAGCACAACUACGAAUACAUCAUGGUUUAAAUAAUUUACGUGUACUUCAUCGUCUAGAUAAAGACGUUUCUGGUGUACUUAUUUUUGCUAAAAAUUAUGAAGCUGAUAAAGAAUUUAAAUUUUUAAUGGAAAGUGGAGGUAUACAUAAAGAGUAUAUUGCAUUAGUAGAAGGAGAAUUUCCUGAUCAUGAUAUUAUUUGUGAACAACCAAUUGGUAAACUUGUUUUGAGUAUGGGUAUACAAUGUGUUAGAAAAGACGGUAAAGCUGCUAAAAGUACUUUUACAAAACUUUGGACUGAUGGUAAAAAAUCCCUAGUAAGCUGUAAAAUUGAAUCUGGAAGAACACAUCAAAUUAGAGUACACCUUCAAUAUAUUGGAUAUCCAAUUAUAAAUGAUAAACUAUACAAUUCAACUGUUUGGGGCGAAAGUAAAGGAAAAAAUGCUGAAUAUGGAAAAGAUAUGAAUACAUUAUCCAAAGCUGUUCAAGAUUCCCAUAAAUCAUCGUUAUGGCAUGAAAAACCAAAUUUAGAAUUUGAAGAAAAUAUGAAAAAAUGGGCAAAUGGCGAUAUGGAACCUCCAAUUAUAGAUAUAAAAGAUACAAAUUCAUUAAGUCACCUACCAAACUUUGAUCCAUUUUGUGUUGGUUGUAAUAUUGGAAAAAAAAAACUAACUCUUGAUAAUUUUAUGUUAUAUCUACAUUGUAUUAAAUAUGAAACAGACAAAUGGAAGUAUGAGGCACCUUUCCCAUCAUGGGCUGAUAUAUCGUUUCUCGAAAAGAAGUAA